AUGGGAGGCUUGGAGGGUCAUCUGUACCCAGGGCUGUCUCUCUUCUUUUAUGGACUUUACCAUGCACGGCUGGUCUCCAGGGCCUUGAUAUGCAAUGCUCCUGUCCAGUACCCACCACGCCAUCCCUGGAGCAAAGGAAGAUGGGCAUGGCUACGGCAAAUGUACUAUGUCGGGCUGGUGAAGAUACUCAGUGCCUGCAUUUUAGUAGCCCACGAGUUGCAUACCAUUCCUAAGCAUUUUGUGCUUAUCACCAAGCUGUAUCAUGGGAGAAACUUUGUAUACCGUAAACCGUGGCAGCAUCUCACUUUCUACAUGACCUAUUUCCUGAGUGGGUGUGUAGACAUGGCGAGCCAGAACCUGCUACCCCAGAGGUGCGUUGCUCUGGAGCAAAGUGCCCAAGUCCUGGGCAUGUUUAUCUCUGUGCCCCUGAUGGUGUCUCACCUGCAGGACACAGAAGGAGUGGAGUUUUGGUCUCACGUGCUGCUCAUCCAAACCAUGUUCCUGCUGAUGCUGGUAGUGGUUGCUGAGCUGUGGGCCCCCAACAUGCUGCUCCUCUGGAUGAUGAAGGCCGUUUUGUACACCAUCACAGGCUCCUGGCUGAUGCAGAUAGGCUUUAUGCUGUAUAAACCCAUCUCUGGCUAUAAAUGGAUGGAUGAUGAUGAAAAUGACUUUGCGUUUAUUACCACCUUCUUCUGCUGGCAUGUGGUCUUCGGUGCCAUUUUGAUGAUCUGGAUCUAUGGCUUCUCCUUUUUGUGGUAUCGUUACCUUUUUGUUAAUGCCUAA